AUGUGUCCUUCUCGACCUCGUAACGUCCAGGAAGCGACAUCGCUCGAGGAGAAGACGACCAAGCUCGCCCCACUCGACACGGAGCCGCCCAUGACGCCGCGACUCUUGUACCACAGCUCGUACUCAAAACCAACGCGAGGCUCGAGUGCUCGCUGUACGCGCAGGCGCCAGCCGGAAAGCGGACCGUACCAGGGCUACCUUCUGGUCUGCAUCAACGAGGACCUGCACAAGGCACGUCCCAAGCCCGCGGUCCCGCCCACUCCUGUGAAUGGCGAUCUCGUCGACGCGAUGAUGGUCGACGAGACGACCAAGUGCGCGACCGAAGUGAACGUGCUCCUGCAAAAGAGCGCGGGCGUGGCGAUCGAGCGCCAAGCUGCCGCCGCGCACGCCGAGAAGGCCCAAUGCGCGCUCACUACCUACCAUGGCUGUACUACAAGCAGCCACGCGACCAUCCGCGGACGCUGCCCGGGCUGGACGGUCUCGACAAUGGUUCUCACACCGCCGCCGUAA